CCUAUUACAGUACAUCUUUGCAAGAACUUGCUAAUUGAUAAAAGGACUGGGUACUCCUGUAAUGUGUUGGUCAUUUAGUAUGGACAUUGCAGCUGUAUUCUUGGAGUACAUUUAUGUGGUGAAGUGAUUUGUAGUAUAUGUUGAUAAAUAUUGUAUGUCUUUAUUUGUAAACUAUUUGUAAACAACUCCAGACAUUAGGACUGACCCAAGAUGAGGAAUUUAUGGUGAGGGUUGUGGAGCAUCAGACCAGCUUGGCAAGAGUAACUGUGUUCGGAGUUACACAAGCCUAUAUGUUGUUCCCUGCAGGAAGGCCAUCACUGACUAAACAAAGCAACUGGGGAAUGAGUUGUAUCUGAGCAGUUUCAUUGGUAGAUUGCCCAGGAAGGGAUAGAUAAACUAAUUCUAUUAGUCUAAAGUAUGGCUGUUUAUGAUUGGAGGCCAUUCUGUACCAUGACGUCACCUUGCCUUUACCAUCUGUCACCAUCUGGCGAUGAAGAGAAGACCAUGAUGAAGACAACCCUCAUUACACUGCCUCGGCAUUCAUAUUGAGACAGAAAAGCUGAGGAAAAUUAAUCAUCAACAUUUCCAGCUUCCAAAAUGGCCACCACAAUAUUACUUCCGGUCGCAUGAACUGACAUCACUUCCAACGCUUCAAAAAAGACAUCACUUCCGGUUUUCAUCAAACGGCGUUGUUUCUGCUUCCUGUUGCCACAUCACUUCCUGCCAACCAUUUCUUAUUCCCAUAAUACAUUUCUGUAUAAAAACGCCAUUUUGACUGAUAAACUUUGUUCAAUUGUUACCUCUUUGGUUCAUUUUGAUCAUUUAUUUUGCUACUUUGUCCGCAGGACAAUAUACAGGGACGGACCCCAACACUUUGUUUAUAUGAAACGUUUUCUUAUUUUGGGAAAAUCUGCACAAUUGGCGUAGUCGGCAGGAUUCACUUUUUUGAAAGAUGUCUGAAGAGCAGGACCUCAAUGCGAUCCUUAACACGAUCAUGGGCGAUCUCAACACCCUGAAGAUCCAGAUGGGCGAAACCCGGACUCAAUUAGCAGAGUCUACGGCUCGUGCAAACGCAUCUGUACUGACAGAGGCAGCUCGGUCAUUACCUACUCAGUUAACCAACCUGACAGAGGAUGAUGACGUCGAAACCUAUUUUUUGGUAUUCGAGCAUAAUGCUAAGUGGAAUGCAUGGCCGAGGUCGGAGUGGGCGUAACUAAUGGCCCCCUACCUGAAGGGACCGGCGCAGAGGGUCUAUUACGAUUUAACUAAGGAGCAGGCUGCUGAUUAUGAUGCUCUCAAAAGUGAGGUGUUUAAGCGCUACGGUACAUCUCCGGAGCAGCAGACGAGGGAAUGGAGGGAGUGGCAGUUCGAUCCUGAUCGGCCGCUAAGAACCCAAGCUUUCGAGGCUUGGAACAAAGUUUGUCGCUGGCUACGGCCCAACAUAAACAACUCCCAUAAAAUGGGUGAGUUACUGGCCUGCAAAACAUUCGUACAUGCUCUCCCUGAUCAUAUUGCCCAGCAAGUCCGGAAACAACCAUAUGACAACAUGGACACCUUAAUCAAAAUAGCAGAGCAUCAUUGGGCGGCUUGCAAAUCAGGGCGAUUGGAACGGUUCUCUCGCCAUAAUCAACCAGUAUGUGGGACAGCUCCUGAGCCACCCCAACAAGCUCCUGAGCCUGUCGUCUGUAAAAGAGAUAAACCGUUCCACCUUCCCUGCUAUUUCAAGUGUGCGAAGAUGGGAUACCUGUCACCUAAUUGCCCCUGUGAACCCAUGGACUGCUCACUGGUGAAGGGAGAAAGACUGAUGCAUCGGACACAGGAUUAGGUGCCGUGUUGAGCCAAUGUGUUGAUGGUGCUGAACACCCCAUUAUGUACCUCAGCCGGAAACAGCUGGACCGGGAGACCAAGUAUGCCGCAGUGGAGCAAGAAGCCUUGGGGAUUAAAUGGGCUAUCACACAGUUAAAGUACUACCUACUGGGUUGGGAGUUUACUCAGGUGACUGACCACGCCGUUUUGCAGUGGAUUUCACUUCACUGUGAGUCUAAUCCCCGUGUCUCUAGGUGGUUUUUAGACCUUCAACCUUAUCAUUUUAGUGUUGUUUAUCGUAAAGGUUCCUUGCAGGCCAACGCGGAUGCUCUCUCCCGAGCUCAUGACCUUUCGGUGCAAGUCGCCCGACCUGAUGGGUCUGGGCUGAGGGGGGGAGUCAUGUCACACACGUGC